CUUUCCACCGGAAAUAACUUUUCUCGUAAAUUCUCGCGAUUGUUAAGUUAAGCUUCCGAGUAACCAAGAUGAGAAAUGGCAGGGUCAAGAGUGCACAAGUAUAAAUCCAUUUUUAAACGUGUAGAAGGUCUGAUCAAGUCUGAAGCUUUACCAUGGAAGGACCGACCAUUGUGGUACGAUGUAAUGGAAAGGUUCCCACCAAAGGUUGAUCCAGACUUUGAACGACCAGUGCCUAAAAACACUGUGAGGAAAAUACUAUAUCCAGAGGAUCUGAUUAGAGCUAAAUAUUAUGAAGAGUUUAACGACCGAGAUGUUGUGAAUAUGAGAACAGAGAGAGACGAUAUCAAGAUAAAGACUCAGGUAUUUGUCGAGGCAUACCUUGAGCUCCGAGAGCCAGGAAUGAAAGUUGAUGAAAUUAUUGAGAAAGUGGAACAAAAGCUCAAUAGUGAUGGCACUAAAUAUAUAAGGAAAAAGGCUAAGGUAUUUGUUGAAGAACCGAAACCUGACUUUGAUGACGUGAACAUUGAAUUGGAGAAAACACCCAAAAGCACAGGAGCAGAGUUAAAAUUUGCUGGAAGACCAAGAUGAUUUCACUGGGAACAUUUUUAUCUACUGAAGAUUGUGCUGCAUAAGACUGGGGGAUACAGAAACUGUCGUUUCAUUUCUUCGAUUAUUUAAGAAAUUAUAUAUGUCAAACAGUGAUUUGUUGUCAAAUUUUGUGUUUGGUGUUCAGAUGUAAAGAAACAAUAUUUUGAGGGAGCAGUUUGAUUAAUGUAAUAAUACACAUCUGAAAAACAAUGAUUUUAUUCAGGUGAAAAUCACUGUUUGAAAUAUGUUAUUUCUAUUCUGACACAGAAUCAAGUAUUAUUAUGUACAUCGGAUCCUUGACAUUGACCAAAUAUUUGCUUGUUUUAUGUGUGUGUAUGUUUUUUCCUUUGCUCCGCAAUUAAGAUUUAUGCUAUGAUGUAAUUAAGAAGUGAUGUUUAGAAAAAACAUGUUUUAACUUAAUUAAUGCACUGAAUGAGGUUAUACGUCCGUGGAAUAAUUUCAAACAAAUUUUGGUUGUUUUGUUUUAUUGGAGUGAACAAAGUUCAGCGGUAUGUCUUUAAAUUCAUUCAAUCAGUCGGUAUGUUUUUGAUAAGUACCCCUUUUAACAGUUAAUGGUACUGUCCAAAUUGAAAGAUGGACAAGUUCUUUAUAGAAAUUUAACAGGGUAAGGGUUAAUGUGUACAGUGACAGGAUUAUUCUAUCUUAAUUAUACAACAAAUAUCUUGAUUUGAACAAUUUUGUUAAAAAAAAUGUGUGACAUGUUUUCCACAAACAGAGAAUAUAUGUAAUAUAUAAAGUGCUUGAAUACUUUUGGAUAUUGGUGGUAAGCCAUUUUCAAAAAUUGGUGAUGGGAUAAACAUUUCUAUUCCCAUUUUAUGACUUGUUUACUUUUUUUAUAGUGGUAAACUUUAUUAUCAGUUGACCUAAAAAUGUAUAGGUGUAUACCAUCAUUCAUAAUAUGUUCAAAGGGAGAUAUGAACCAUUGAUGAUUUUAGUGAAUAAAAUUGCGUGAAACAUUAUAUGCCAUGUUGAAUUUAUAUAUUCAGGGCAUUUACAUGUGUUUACUUUAAACUACAUUUCUCUUUGGGUUAGUUCCCUUUGAUCAAUAUGUGAUCACUGUUUGUUGUUGCUUGGGAAAAUCCUUCCAGUUUGUUAAGAAUGUAACAGUUACUAUCUUUACCUGAACUUAGUAUGUGCUAAGUUAGAAGUUUUUGAAUGUUAGGGUUCAUUUUCAGGGGGUCAUUUUCAGAAUGUUAGGGGUCAUUGUCAUAAUGUUAGGGGUCAUUGUCAUAAUUUACAUUUGAUAUACAUUUUGUACACCUACCUAUUCAACAGUUGAAUAGUGUCGGCAGCAGUAGUCAAGAUAUGUCUCUGUUAUACUGUUACAUUGUAUUUAUCUUGCCAGCAAUCCUUAGUCUGAAGCUAUAACAGUAAAAAUAUGAGUUGCUUUUGACCUAAGUCUUUUGUGUUGACUUUUAUGUUCAGUAGACUUUGCAAGUUCUACUUUGUAGAUUGAAAAUGCAUGAGUGUUUUUUUUCCCAUUUAGUUAAUAGAAGAAAAUAUUACAUUUAGUUGAUAGAGGAAAAUGUUACAGUUGAAACUCUAUAUCUUGAACUUGCUUAUCUUAAAAUUCCGACUGUAAGAGAUUUUCAAGUCCCGUCUGAAAACAUACGCACAAAAUUUCCUUUAAAGUUGAAUUUUCAGUUAUCUCGAAGUGAAAUGCUCAGUCCCUUGGAAUUCAAGAUACCGAGUUUAUCAGCUGAGCCGUGCCAUGGGAAAACCAACAUAGUGGCUUGCGACCAGCAUGGAUCCAGACCAGCCUGCGCAUCCGUGCAGUCUGGUCAGGAUCCAUGCUGUUCGCUUUCAAAGCCUAUUGCAAUUACAGAAACCAUUAGCGAACAGCAUGUAUCCUGACCAGACUGCGCGGAAGCGCAGGCUGGUCUGGAUCCAUGCUGGUCGCAAACCCACUAUGUUGGUUUUCCCAUGGCACGGCUCAACUGUACUUGCAAAAGUAGUGCAAGUAAAAAAUCUGGCUACAUUUGAACCAUGUGGCAUUGAAUAAGAUUUCUUAUGUUUACUUUGUCAGCCCAGCAAUUUUCUUGUCAGUAUGGUAAAAAUUGUAGAAAUUUUUUAAAUCUUGAAACAGAAUUUCUAUUUUCUUUAUUGUUUCUGUAAGAGAAAGGAACACUGUUAAAGCACAUGUGAUCUGAUUUUAUUAAAGAAAAUAUGUAAAACUCA